AUGUUUGUCCUUGGCCUGCUCGCACUAAUGGGGAGCGCAGCUCGCGGUUUUCCUGACACGCCCUUUAUUUGCACCUCGAGUCUUGUGUUGCAGUUGGUUGCCGGGGUGUCCAACGUCUCGGCAGUAUACGACAACCCUUUUGGUAAGGACUGCCGCGCGCUACUACAGUUUGCAGAUCCUACUUACGAGCUGAUCACGUACCCCUUCCCACACCUGCGCUACGCGGGCUUGGCGAGGACCAGCUUCCUUCUACCUGCUGGUCCGCCGAAUGGAGGGGCCAAUGUUGAGCUGUUUAGGGCAGGUGGCUUGCCUAAGGCCGUGGUCUCGGAUGGCACCGGAGACCUUUCGAAGGAGGCUGAGCAGUUAGGCGCGAUUAAGCGCCUCGCGGCCCAGCACGCUGCCGAUUAUGACAGCCUCUAUCAUGCCCACCACGAUAUCGUAGAGGAAUGGAAGCGCGCAGCCUACUUCAGAGCAUAA